CUAGAGCCGAGUUUCUUCAUCUGUCUCCGUAGACCGACCAUUCACUUCAACAGGCGUCUUUCACAGGCCUCAGCACUCGUCUAAAGCUGUCCAGUGUCUCUGUCUGAUCAAUCCUCGAGUGAACCGGCACACAGCAGCGCAUCCGCGCACAUACGUACACCAUGGAUAUCGUCCUCGAGAUUGCCGACACCCUCCUCCUUGAUCGAGUCUACUCCUUUGUCGCGCCUGCGAGCCCGUCUCAAUACCUCUACCACAACCUGAAGAAUGUCACGACAACGACCUGGUCUAGCAUUCGAGAGACCAGCACCGGAGCGCCACAGUUCAGCUAUGUUUAUGAGCCAGCUUCGCAGUACCUCAGCCUCCCGCCCACUGAAUGGACAUAUAGCAGUUCCUUGCCUCGCGACAAUGUCUAUCGGCAAGGAAUCAGCUUGUUCUUCAUAGUAUGGAUCUUCGGUCUCCUCCUCUACUUUGUGUUCGCUUCGUUAUCGUAUGUCUUUGUCUUUGACAAGACCACUUCUCAACACCCGAAAUAUCUCAAGAACCAAGUCCGCCUCGAGAUUGCCCAAGCAGUGCAGGCCAUCCCAGUUAUGGCCGUACUCACGGCUGCAUGUAUGCUGGCCGAAGUCCGUGGAUACUCGAAGAUGUACGAUAGUCUCUCCGAGGCACCCUUCUCGCUUUACAACAUUAUCCAAUUUCCAUUCUUCGUCCUGUUCACGGACUUUCUGAUCUACUGGAUACACCGCGGUCUGCACCAUCCGCGUGUCUACAAGACUCUCCACAAGCCACACCACAAAUGGAUCAUGCCGACCCCUUUCGCUUCGCAUGCCUUCCACCCAGUCGACGGCUUCGCUCAGUCGAUCCCUUACCAUUUGUUUCCCUUCCUGUUUCCCCUGCAGAAGUUUGCAUACAUUGCUCUCUUCGCUUUUAUCAAUUUCUGGACCAUCUUCAUCCACGACGGUGAAUACUAUGCCAACUCCCCACUGAUCAAUGGUGCUGCUUGCCAUACCAUGCACCAUUUGUAUUUCAACUACAACUACGGUCAAUUCACUACGUUGUGGGACCGCAUGGGCGGAAGCUACCGUAAGCCGAACGAAGAGCUUUUCAACAGAGAAACCAAGAUGGGCAAAGCCGAGUGGGCUAAGCAGACCAAGGAAAUGGAAAAGAUCGUGCAGGAAGUCGAAGGAGAUGACGACCGUGGCUAUCUCGCCGACGGCACAUCUACGGCUAAGAAGGUCCAGUGAUUGCGAUUAUAAUUCAAGCCAUUUGCACAUAUUAUUUGUUGAAUUUGAGCGAUCAAGUUAUUUAUCCUUGACGACUUCAGAGACGGGAAAAAAGUGGCUUACGCACACUCCUUAGUCCUGGACCGACUCUUUGUCUUGGAACAGGAUUGUACAUAGAUCAUGGCGGAGGUGACUGGAGUUUUAUGGGUGGAAGUUGGGAAUUCUGGGGUCAGUUGGCGUACUUGUGAGCAGCAUUAAUACCCAGAAACAGGGUGCCGAAAGAUGGCAACCUUUUUAAUGAGAAGAAUGAAAUUCGUCGCUUGUCGACAUCUCUAACACAACCUGUGAUUGAUGAGGUGUUGUUCAAAGUCAAGUUUGUAGAAAUGAUGUCUAGCAGGCGAGACUAUGCUACGAUUGCGGUUAAGGCGAAGCCAACAUGAGGUCUGAUGUUACAAAGAAUGCAUUGCCAUUAACGCCCUCGUCCCAGUGCUUCGACUGUGAUGACGAUCCACAUUACAAGCGCCUAUAUAACACCAUACGCUCGCAUCAAUCCCGGGGGGAGGUGGAAACUUUGUACAGGAAAGACUCCUGCCUGCCGACA